CCCCUCAGCCGCCCGCUUCCCGCAGCAGGUCUGAGUGGGUCGCACCCCCGGUACAGACGCGGAACUGGCGCCUGCUCGCCGUGGCGCUGGGCUCGGAAGCCGGGAGGCGGCAGGCGGGCCCGACAGGUUCCUCUGAGCUGGGAGAUUAUAUCAGAAUUCCUCCUGGGAACGCUGACUUCUCGCCCAGUGCCCCGAAGUUUCUCUGCAAUGAACUGAUAAAUUGGAACCAUGGUGCAAAAGAAGUUCUGCCCUCGAUUACUUGAUUAUCUAGUGAUCGUAGGGGCAAGACACCCGAGCAGCGACAGUGUGGCUCAGACACCUGAACUGCUGCGGCGCUACCCAUUAGAGGAUCACCCUGAGUUUCCCCUGCCCCCAGACGUGGUGUUCUUCUGCCAGCCUGAGGGAUGUCUGAGCGUGCGGCAGCGACGCAUGAGCCUUCGAGAUGACACCUCUUUUGUCUUCACUCUGACUGACAAGGACACUGGAGUCACCCGCUAUGGCAUCUGUGUUAACUUCUACCGCUCCUUCCAGAAGCGAGUGCCCAAGGAAAAGGCUGAAGCUGGAGCAGGAGCCCGUGGGAAGGAGGCUGGCACUCAGGGCUCAGGGAGUGGCUCAGCCUUGCAGCCUCCUAGUGCUGACUCCACUCCUGAUGUGAACCAGUCUCCUCGGGGCAAACGCCGUGCAAAAGUAGGCAGCCGCUCCCGCAACAGCACCCUGACAUCCCUGUGUGUGCUCAGCCACUACCCUUUCUUCUCGACCUUCAGAGAGUGUCUGUAUACUCUCAAGCGCCUGGUAGACUGCUGUAGCGAACGGCUGCUAGGCAAGAAACUGGGCAUCCCACGCGGCGUUCAGAGGGAUACUAUGUGGCGAAUCUUUACUGGAUCACUGCUAGUGGAGGAAAAGUCAAGCGCCCUUCUGCAUGACCUUCGAGAGAUUGAGGCCUGGAUCUACCGGUUGCUGCACUCGCCAGUACCUGUUUCUGGGCAGAAGCGAGUGGACGUUGAGGUCCUACCCCAGGAGCUGCAGCCAGCCCUGACGUUUGCUCUUCCAGACCCCUCUCGGUUUACCCUAAUAGACUUCCCCCUCCAUCUUCCCCUGGAACUUCUGGGCGUGGACGCUUGUCUUCAGGUGCUAACCUGCAUCCUGCUGGAGCACAAGGUGGUGCUACAGUCUCGCGACUACAAUGCGCUCUCCAUGUCUGUGAUGGCCUUUGUGGCAAUGAUCUACCCGCUGGAGUACAUGUUUCCCGUCAUCCCACUGCUCCCUACCUGCAUGGCGUCAGCUGAGCAGCUGCUCUUGGCUCCGACCCCGUACAUCAUUGGAGUUCCUGCCAGCUUCUUCCUCUACAAGCUAGACUUCAAAAUGCCUGACGAUGUGUGGCUAGUGGAUCUGGACAGCAAUAGGGUGAUUGCCCCUACCAAUGCAGAAGUGCUACCUGUCCUGCCAGAACCGGAAUCAUUAGAACUGAAAAAACACUUGAAGCAGGCCCUGGCCAGCAUGAGUCUCAAUACCCAGCCCAUUCUUAAUCUGGAGAAAUUCCACGAGGGCCAGGAGAUCCCACUUCUCUUGGGAAGGCCUUCUGGUGACCUUCAGGCCACGCCUUCCACCGAGUUCAAUCCACUCAUUUAUGGCAAUGAUGUAGACUCAGUCGAUGUUGCAACGAGAGUGGCCAUGGUCCGUUUCUUCAACUCUGCUAACGUGCUGCAGGGCUUUCAGAUGCACACACGUACCCUGCGACUCUUUCCCCGACCUGUGGUAGCUUUCCAAGCUGGCUCCUUUCUGGCCUCACGUCCCCGACAGACUCCCUUUGCUGAGAAACUGGCCAGGACUCAAGCUGUGGAGUACUUUGGAGAAUGGAUCCUAAACCCUUCUAACUAUGCAUUUCAGCGGGUUCACAACAAUAUGUUUGAUCCAGCCCUUAUUGGGGACAAGCCAAAGUGGUAUGCUCACCAGCUGCAGCCCAUCCAUUAUCGAGUCUACGACGGCAGUUCUCAGCUGGCUGAGGCCCUGAGUGGGCCACCGGAACGUGAUUCUGAUUCUGACCCCACCGAUGACAGUGGGAGUGACAGUAUGGAUUAUGAUGACUCGAGCUCUUCUUACUCCUCCCUUGGGGACUUCGUCAGUGAAAUGAUGAAAUGUGACAUCAAUGGAGAUACCCCCAAUGUGGAUCCUCUGACGCAUGCGGCCCUGGGAGAUGCCAGCGAAGUGCAUAUUGAUGAGCUGCAGACCCAGAAAGAGGGAGAGGAGCCUGGUCCAGAUAGCGAGAGCUCUCAGGGAAAUCCCCCGCUGCACUGGAGCCCUAGUGCUACCGUCCAUGGUGCCCACUCUGAAUAUGCUGAUUCUACAGAGAUGGAUGAUAAGGCAACAGCAGGCAGCUCCAAGUCCCUCAUUCCUGUGCCUCCCAGCAUUUGCAAGUCUACUGUGGACAGAAGACAGACAGAGACUGGAGAGGGGUCAGUGUGCCAGCGAACCUAUGGCAAUCCAUACUUCGAGCCCCAAUAUGGCUUUCCCCCUGAGGAAGAUGAGGAGGAGGAGGAGGGGGAAAGCUACACUCCCCGAUUCAGCCAACAUGUCGGUGGCGAUCGGGUUCAAAAGCUGCUGCGGCCCAACAGCUUGAAACUGGCAAGUGACUCAGAUGCAGAGUCAGACUCCCGAGCAAGCUCUCCCAACUCCACUGUCUCCAACAACAGCACCGAGGGCUUCGGGGGCAUCAUGUCUUUUGCUAGCAGCCUGUAUCGGAACCAUAGUACAAGCUUCAGUCUUUCAAACCUCACACUGCCCACCAAAGGUGCCCGAGAGAAGACUACACCAUUCCCCAGCCUGAAAGUAUUUGGGCUAAAUACUCUAAUGGAGAUUGUUACUGAAGCCGGCCCUGGGAGUGGUGAAGGAAACAGGAGGGCCCUGGUGGACCAGAAGUCAUCUGUCAUCAGACACAGUCCGACUGUGAAGAGAGAGCCUCCAUCACCCCAGGGCCGGUCCAGCAAUUCCAGUGAGAACCAACAGUUCCUGAAAGAAGUGGUGCACAGUGUGCUGGAUGGCCAGGGCGUGGGCUGGCUCAACAUGAAAAAGGUACGCCGGCUGCUGGAGAGCGAGCAGCUUCGAGUCUUUGUACUGAGCAAACUGAACCGUGCAGUGCAGUCCGAGGAUGAUGCCCGGCAGGAUGUCAUCCAAGAUGUGGAGAUCAGUCGGAAGGUGUACAAGGGGAUGCUAGACCUCCUCAAGUGCACGGUCCUCAGUCUUGAGCAGUCCUAUGCCCACGCAGGUCUGGGUGGCAUGGCCAGCAUCUUUGGGCUUUUGGAGAUUGCCCAGACCCACUACUAUAGUAAAGAACCAGACAAGCGAAAGAGAAGCCCAACAGAGACCCCUGUGGGCAAGGAUCCUGGUCUGGCUGGGCGGGGGGACCCAAAAGCUAUGGCACAGCUAAAGGUCCCUCAGCUGGGUCCUCGGGCAACAAGUGCUACAGGGAAGGGUCCUAAGGAGCUGGACACAAGAAGUCUAAAAGAAGAGAAUUUUGUAGCGUCUGUCGAAUUGUGGAACAAGCACCAGGAAGUGAAAAAGCAAAAGGCUUUGGAAAAACAGAGGCCGGAGGUAAUCAAGCCUGUCUUUGACCUUGGUGAAACAGAGGAGAAAAAGUCCCAGAUCAGCGCAGACAGUGGUGUGAGCCUGGCAUCUGCUUCCCAGAGGAUUGAUCAAGACUCUGUCAUUGGUGUGAGUCCAGCUGUUAUGAUCCGAAGCUCAAGUCAGGAUUCUGAAGUUAGCACCGUGGUGAGUAACAGUUCUGGAGAGACCCUUGGAGCAGACAGCGACCUGAGCAGCAAUGCAGGUGAUGGGCCAGGAGGAGAAGGCAGUGCCCACUUGACAAGUUCUCGGGCUACUCUGUCUGAUAGUGAAAUUGAAACCAAUUCUGCCACAAGCACCAUCUUUGGUAAAGCCCAUAGCUUGAAGCCAAAGGAGAAGUUGGCUGGCAGUCCAAUUCGCGCCGAGGAUGUAGGCCAGCGAGUCUAUCUCUAUGAGGGACUACUAGGAAGGGACAAAGGAUCGAUGUGGGACCAGUUAGAGGAAGCUGCUAUGGAGACCUUUUCUAUAAGCAAAGAGCGGUCCACUCUAUGGGACCAGAUGCAGUUCUGGGAAGAUGCGUUCUUAGAUGCCGUGAUGUUGGAAAGAGAAGGGAUGGGCAUGGACCAGGGUCCUCAGGAAAUGAUCGACAGGUACAUGUCCCUGGGAGAACAUGACCGGAAGCGACUGGAGGAUGAUGAAGAUCGUUUACUGGCCACACUUUUACACAACCUCAUAUCCUAUAUGCUGCUGAUGAAGGUGAACAAGAAUGACAUCAGGAAGAAAGUACGGCGCCUAAUGGGAAAGUCCCACAUUGGUCUUGUAUACAGCCAACAAAUCAAUGAGGUGCUUGAUCAGCUGACCAAUCUGAAUGGACGUGAUCUCUCCAUCCGGUCCAGUGGCAGCCGCCACAUGAAGAAGCAGACGUUUGUUGUACACGCAGGGACAGACACAAAUGGAGAUCUCUUCUUCAUGGAAGUGUGUGAUGACUGUCUGGUGUUACGUAGUAGCAUUGGCACCGUUUAUGAGCGCUGGUGGUACGAGAAGCUCAUCAACAUGACCUACUGUCCCAAGACCAAGGUCCUGUGUCUGUGGCGUAGAAAUGGCUCUGAGACCCAGCUCAACAAGUUCUAUACUAAGAAGUGUCGCGAGCUGUACUACUGCGUGAAGGACAGCAUGGAGCGUGCCGCAGCCCGGCAACAAAGCAUCAAACCCGGGCCUGAACUAGGUGGUGAGUUCCCUGUGCAGGACAUGAAGACUGGCGAGGGUGGCUUGCUUCAAGUCACCCUGGAAGGGAUCAACCUCAAGUUCAUGCACAACCAGUGCUACUUUUUCUCUCAGUGGACAUUCCUUAAGCUAAUUCCCUCUGAGGCCAGCGCAUCAUCCCAGGAGCGGAAGGUUUUCAUAGAGCUGAAUCACAUUAAAAAGUGCAAUACAGUUCGAGGCGUCUUUGUCCUGGAAGAAUUUGUUCCUGAAAUUAAAGAAGUGGUGAGCCACAAGUACAAGACGCCGAUGGCCCACGAGAUCUGCUACUCUGUGUUGUGUCUCUUCUCGUAUGUGGCUGCAGUUCGUAGCAGUGAAGAAGACCUCCGGACCCCACCUCGGCCUGUCUCUAGCUGAUAGAGCCAGCCCACGGGCCGCCCUCACUCUUGCUGUUCUUCAGCACCGAAGCUGCAGUGAUGGAGAAGGGAUGUGUGUGUGUGUGUUCUCUGCAAGCUCCUCCCACAGUUCAGCUGGUUUUGUGUGAUGUCUGAAGUGUGUCUUUGUGUCUGUCCAUCCCAUUCCCUUCUCUUCCUCCAACACCAGACUAGCCUACUAUCCCCUCAGGGCUCCAGAGAGUGUGUGUCUGUGGGGCCACUGUGAGCCCCCCAGGAAGUGUUCUGGAGAUGUUUGUUCUGUGAUUCCAUGUCCUUAGACCCUUCAGUUUAGGGGUCCUCUCUCCGUCUUCUGUGAUGUGGCACUGUAGGGUACAUGACACAGUUCCUUGGGGUCGCCUUCCUGACCAAGGGUUGGGCAGGAGGAAAGGAGCUGAGGGAAGCAGGUGUGAACGGCAGCCUUCCUGCCUCCUCACACCCCUAAACUGUGGCCGCAGGUCAUGUUGCUGCCUGCCCUACCCCAGCGGCAACACGGUGUUCCUGGUGUUCCUGGACUGACUGCCAUGUGGGGAGUUGGGAUCUUUGCAGUGGUCUUCCUGGCCUUUGGCACAAGAUGACAGAGGGGUGAGGGUGAUGGUCUGCCUGAGAGCCAAGCCGAGUCCAGCAUGUGUAUCUGUCUGCAGUGUGUCCUGGCUUCAGGCCCGGAGGAGGACAUGGACUGGACAGGAGAUGAAUGUAAAUAUUUCAGCUCUGCGUUAUUUAUAGAAAGUGUACAGCUGUGUGAUGUGAAGUAAAUGUCUUUAACUCUGCUCGCA